AUGGUGCGAGUUCUUUUGUUUCACUACUUUAAAUCUCAAAGAGUUUUCUUCGAUUCCUUCCAACCAACAUCCAUCACUUCAACGAAAGACUAUCUGUUUCUUGCAACUGGAGAAAUGAAAGUGUUGGUUUACUCGCUCGAGCUGCCUAAUUUCCCUCUGUUUUGCCAGUUUCCUACCAUUUCCAAACCUGUAAAUUUGAUCUGCAACGAGAGAGCAAAAUGCGUUGUGACUAUCGAAAGGAAAACGGAGAGACGAAGAUCACGUCGAAGUGCGUCGACUCAUUCCCGAGCGUACUUCAACUGGUUCAAAGCUAAUCUAGAGGAACCCGUACGCACGUAUGUGGCAGGGCAUUCUCUAAAGCAAAGCCAGGAGGCUGAGGAAGCUGCAAAGGCAUUUCUUGCCCUAGAAAUUCCAACUCAAUUUAAUGUUAGUGAUAUUUGUUGUUGUCCUACAAGCGGUAAUGUUGCUAUUGCUGGUGAGACCAGAGUCAGCUUGUUUAGGUGGAACAGAUAUCCGCAAUCUGAAGGAUCAAAUACUGGUACAUUAUCAUGUGACCUAGAACACUUCUUAGACAUUGAGCCAAGUAUGUCUAUAAAAGGCCUGGCAUUGAGCGAUUCAUAUUUAGCCCUAAGAUCAAAUUUAGAUGUGCAAGUCCUCAAGUUGGUUUUCAUGUUGGAGCGAGAGUCCAUGCCCCCAAGUGGAAGAGGAAAGCUGUCCAGCCACAGUGCAACUUUGCAAAAUAGGUAUGCCUUAAAACAGCAGUCUGUCACCUUCCUGCUCCCCUCCCCACCUUGACACACACUUUUGCUUUCAACAAGCUGCCUAUCUUGAGAUCAGGUGACUAGUUGUUUGAGCCAUGAAAUAAAAAUUCUCUCUCCCACCCCACCCUCUCGAUGAAGAGGUAGCACUAAAAAACCCUGCACGUAAGUCUUGCAUGCUACACCUCCUACAACCUUUUAAUUUACAUGUAAAUUUGAACCUCCAGUAAGUCACCACUAAAAGUGUCAAAAAUGGUAGUUGAUUAUAAGAGGUUGUUUACUACUAGAGGCUACAGUCCUAAUGGAUCAUAAUGCUUUGACUGGGAAAACUGGAAAAUGAUAGGGAUCAAACCAGCAGGAGUCUAUUUUGAGGAGGUGUUCUUUUAGCGGCCUGCCAGUAAGAGGGAAUUGACUAUAGAUCAUUAUAAUUUAUGGAUGGAACUAUUUCCUUGUUGACAGGGCAACAACAUCUGGACAUGUAGAUCAAACCCAGGACUAUAAUCAAGCAAAUGAUGACAACUGUACAUUGUGGUCAUUUGAUGAUUGUUCACUAUUAUUCCUUUCAUCUAAACAACCCUCUGUGAAGUCACCAGAUCAGGAUUUUAUGUUUCCAACCAUAAGAAAGGAAAAGGUUUUUAAAGACUGCUUACCAGAAUGUAAAGAAGUACUGGGGCCAGUUUCAGAUGUACCUGGGCACCCUGUGACUGUGGUAUUUGGUGGACUCUUUGGUAUUGGUAUUGCUGUGGAUAGACCCAUGUUAAAGGUGAAAGGAGUUACCAUGCUGUAUCGACGCUUCAGAGCUGAGCAGCUAAGCAAUGAUGGCAAUGAUGCAGCAACUCUUCACACCUUGCAGCUU